GCCGGCGUCGCACGAUGGUUGCGCGGAAAGUCGUUGGUAGUCAGGGAGCCGUUCGCUGAGGAGCCCGGAGGCGAUAUAAAAUACAAGAAACUUAUUUCAGGUUACCUAACCACCAGCGGAGAGAAAAGACCUACCCUGACAGAAAAUAGCCUGUAAUGGGAAACUAAUGCAUAAGUUUACAAGGAAGCUUUUUGGAGAUUAUGGAUGAUCAGCCCGAUCCUGAAACCCUAAAUGAGAAUUCAGAACUUCUCUUCUCCUUUGGAGUUAUAGCAGAUAUUCAAUAUGCUGAUUUAGAAGACGGCUAUAAUUUCCAAGGAAACAGGAGGAGAUACUACAGACAUAGCCUUCAUCAUUUACAGGAUGCUAUUGAAGACUGGAAGAAAGAAAGCAAUAUACCCUGUUGUGUACUUCAGCUUGGAGAUAUCAUCGAUGGAUAUAAUGCACAGUAUCAAGCAUCAGAAAAGUCACUAGAACUUGUUAUGAACACAUUUGAAAUGCUUAAAGUCCCAGUUCAUCAUACGUGGGGAAAUCAUGAAUUUUAUAACUUCAGUAGAGACUAUUUAACAAACUCCAAACUUAACACAAAGUUUCUAGAAGACCAGAUUGUACAUCAUCCUGAGACCAUACCUUCAGAGAAUUACUAUGCUUAUCAUUUUGUACCAUUCCCUAAAUUCCGGUUCAUUUUACUUGAUUCUUAUGACUUGAGUGUCUUGGGUAUGGAUCAGUCCUCUCCAAAAUACCAGCAAUGUAUGAAGAUACUGAAGGAGCAUAAUCCAAAUGCGGAAUUGAAUAGUCCUCAAGGACUUUCUGAGCCCCAGUUUGUCCAGUUUAAUGGAGGAUUCAGCCAAGAACAGUUGAACUGGUUGAAUGAAGUUCUUACAUUCUCUGACACAAACCAAGAAAAGGUGGUGAUUGUGAAAACUGUAGAUUACAUAGUUCUUCAUCUGUCUGGAUCCUCUGAUCUCAAUGCGUUUGGAUAAUGAGGUAGCAAUACACAUUUUUUUCUGAGUACUGGUUUUUAGCCAUUCAUUUGACGAAAGCACUGUUGCUUAAUUGGUUCAUAACUCUUUUUUUCUUUGACUAACAGGCCAUCUUCCCAUUUACCCAGAAUCCUCCAACAGUGUGUGCCUAGCCUGGAAUUACAGAGACGCCCUUGCAGUCAUUUGGUCCCAUGAGUGUGUGGUGUGCUUCUUCGCUGGUCACACUCAUGAUGGUGGAUACUCAGAGGAUCCUUUUGGUGUGCACCACGUCAGUCUAGAAGGGGUCAUUGAAACAGCGCCAGACAGCCAAGCUUUUGGCACCGUUCAUGUCUAUCCUGAUAAAAUGAUGUUGAAAGGGAGAGGCAGAGUUCCAAACAGAAUUAUGAAUUACAAGUAAGAAAAAGCUUUCCAUUUUUAGUCUGAUUUAUUUACCUUUGUAGAAAGAGAAUGACUUAGCUUUUGUGUUUGCCUCUCUCCCCCAAAAACCCCACAGAAACAUUAAUCCUCAAUCCCAUUGUUGAGUGUUGUGCCUGCAUAAUAAAAUGUAUUUUUGGCUUCAGUGUGCAUUAGUUCAUAAAAUAUUCUAAAAUGUUACUAUUGGAUAAUAUUUCCAUUGCUGAAAGUGAGAAACCAAGAAGACUGAGGUGGUGGUGAUGGUGGUGGGUAUAGUUCUUAAAAGGGACUUUAUUUAGCCUUACCUCAUUUUUUUUUUUUACUUCUUACAAGGAGAAUGUAUUCAUGUCUUAUCUAUUAACCUAAAAUUCAUAAUCAAACAAUAAAUAAAAUAGGCUCAGGUAAACUUUGUUCCCCCUGCUGUGUGAAUAAGCCUUGGACAUUUUUUGCCCACAAUCCUAUCAUACUGGGCUUUAUAGGCUUAUAUUUCGUGAACAGAAAAAUCGUCAGCAAGUGUUGACAGGUCCAUGUGCAGGGCUCUCAGAGCUCUCAUCACCUCCAGAGAGGCCAUGUGGUCCUCUUGUGACUCCAGCCAAAGCAGGACCCAAGAGCCAGGGUAGCAGUGUGCCUGUUGCCUGGCCUGUGGGCCACUAGCUAGUGCUGUGUGAGCCUAGGAGGUAAAUGAACUUUCCCUUGACUCGCUUUAGGGAAAAGUCAGACAUGCUUAAGUAGCUCAGUUGCCAUAUAUGCUAAGACUUAUUUACAAAACACCUACUAGAUGACACAUUGGAACUGUUCCAAUGUAGAGAAAGUUUGAUUCAGGCCUUAAAAACAAUGAAAGAAAGACUAGUCAAUCCAAGUGUGUAUGGUGAGUGCCUGGGCACUAUGAAGAUUGUUGUUGUUGUCAGUUGCCAUUAGGUUGGCUCGGACUCAUGGCAGUCUUAUAUAUGACAGAAUGUUUGAAAUGUUGCCUGGUCCUGUGCCAUCUUCAUGGUCACUGGUAUGCUUGAGUCCAUUGUUACGGCUAUUAUAUAGUGCCUUCCAACCUAGGGUGCUUAUCUUCAGGACUGUAUGGGACAAUACUGCCUGAUAACACUACAAAGAUGCAGAGGUUGUAUUAGUUUCCUAUGGCUGCUGUAACACGUUCCCCCAAACUCAGUGGCUUAAAAACAACACACAUUUGUUCUCUUACAGUUUUGGAGAUUAGAAGUCCAAAAUCACUUUCACUUGGUCAAAACCAAGGUGUCGGCAAGGCUGCGCUCCCUGGGGAGGCUCUAGAGGAGAAUCUCCUUCCUUGCCUUUUCCAGCUUCUGCAGCUGCAUUUCUUGGCUCACGGGCCAUUCCUCCGUCUUCUAAACCAGCAACGUAGCAUCUUUUAAUCUCUGCUUUAUUAUCAUAUCACCUUCUCCUCUUCUGUCCCUGUAGUCAAAUCUCCCACUGCCUCCUUCUUAUAAGGACACUUGUGAUUACAUUUAGGGCCCACUGUAUAAUCCAGGAUAAUCUCAUCUCAAAAUCCUUGAUUUAAUCACAUCUGCAAAGUCCAUUUUGCCAUAUAAAGUAUAUUCACAAGUUCCAGUGAUUAGGACCUGGACAUCUUUGGGGCCCCUUAUUCAGCCUACCACAGAGGUGAAUAUGAUGUGCUUCCUGCAAUCACAGAUCAUACCAUGAGUGAGACAGUUUAUUAUAGUAUAUUGUUAUAAUUGUUCUAUUUUGGUUGUUAAUCCCUUACUGUGCCUAAUUUAUAAACUAUCAUAGGUAUGUAUACAUAAGGCAAAACAUAGUACAUAUAGGGUUCAUUACUCUCUGUGGUUUCAGGCAUCCACGGGAGGUCUUGGAACAUAUCCUCUGCAGAUAAGGGGGGGACCACUGUAAUACAAAGAAAGGACUAUGGGAACACAGAGGGAGAAGUUAAUUUUGUUUGAAAGGAUAAGUUUAAGUGGGGAAGGGCAUUACAAGUAGAAUGGCAUAAGCAAAGGAACUGAAGGAUAUGAUGAGUUUAGGAGUGGCAAGUAAUGCUAUGAGGAUUCACCAAAGGGUGCUUGGGAAUAUGACAAGAAAUAAAGCUGGAAAAGGAUAGGCAUGGCUAUGUUUUGAAGAGCCUUGAAUGGUGAGCCAAGAGAUAGAAUUUAACUUGUCAGACAGUGAGUUAGCAAAGGCUUCUGAGCUGAUUAGAUUUGUGCUUCAGUCUAGGCACUAGAUAACAAGGCUGAAUAGGAUGACAACAGGAAGAAAAAAGUUGGAUGCAGGGGUGACGAGCGAUUUUGAUAAUAGAAAUAUUAAACUUACUGGCUAAUAAUACUUAUAUUCAAUUGAAAAAUAGAACUUAAGAACAAUUUCAUUAAUACUUUUCAAAAAGUGAGGAUAAAAAGGGACUGCGUAUAGUCACAGAAUUCAGUCUAAUACAAGAGAUGCAGAUACAGUGAAAGUGUCUUGAACACGACGCAAUCAAGCAGUACAUACAGGAUGGGGAGGUCCUUUAUGGAACUAGAAAGUCAGUUUCUUCACAUAACUCUAAUAGUCAGACAAAAAAAGGUGUAAGAGCCUUUAUGGAU